GGGCGGAACGCCAGGUGGUCGGGACAGGCUGUUGGGGGAGUGCGCCCUCAGCGAACCAAGUAAGGCAUCUCACUGGGAAAGUCGAAUGUGUGUGGCGGCCGCCGCCGAGGCCGGUUCCGAAGAGGCCUCAGCAGGGCGGGCCAGGGCCUCCGCGAACGCCGACCCCUAAGAGCGCCGAGCGAAGGAACCGGAGUGUUCCUCCCAGCCCCCGACGCCGCGGGCCUAGCGUCCCCGUCCAGGCUGAUUGGGCGCACGCGCAGCCCCACUCGCCCCCACCCGUGCGUCCCCGCUGGUCCCGCCCCCGGCCGGAAGUUCCGGCGGUGGAGCUGGGCCGGGCCCGAGAGGAUCGCGGGUUCGAGCUGCGGGGCUCGGGCUGCGGGCGCUGGGCCGCCAGGCGCGGAGCUUGGGAGCGCAGCCCAGGCCGUGCCGCGCGGCGCCAUGAAGGGCAAGGAGGAGAAGGAGGGGGGCGCGCGGCUGGGCGCUGGCGGCGGAAGCCCCGAGAAGAGCCCGAGUGCGCAGGAGCUCAAGGAGCAGGGCAACCGUCUGUUCGUGGGCCGAAAGUACCCGGAGGCGGCGGCCUGCUACGGCCGUGCGAUCACCCGGAACCCGCUGGUGGCCGUAUAUUACACCAACCGUGCCCUGUGCUACCUGAAGAUGCAGCAGCACGAGCAGGCCCUGGCCGACUGCCGGCGCGCCCUGGAACUGGACGGGCAGUCUGUGAAGGCGCACUUCUUCCUGGGGCAGUGCCAGCUGGAGAUGGAGAGCUAUGAUGAGGCCAUCGCCAAUCUGCAGCGAGCUUACAGCCUGGCCAAGGAGCAGCGGCUGAACUUCGGGGACGACAUCCCCAGCGCUCUUCGAAUCGCGAAGAAGAAGCGCUGGAAUAGCAUCGAGGAGCGGCGCAUCCACCAGGAGAGCGAGCUGCACUCCUACCUCUCCAGGCUCAUUGCCGCGGAGCGUGAGAGGGAGCUGGAAGAGUGCCAGCGGAACCACGAGGGUGAUGAGGACGACAGCCACGUCCGGGCCCAGCAGGCCUGCAUUGAGGCUAAGCACGACAAGUACAUGGCGGACAUGGACGAGCUCUUCUCUCAGGUGGACGAGAAGAGGAAGAAGCGUGACAUCCCCGACUACCUGUGUGGUAAGAUCAGCUUUGAGCUGAUGCGGGAGCCGUGCAUCACGCCCAGUGGCAUCACCUACGACCGCAAGGACAUCGAGGAGCACCUGCAGGUGAGGCUGCGGCUGGGGGAGCAGGGCCAGCAGCAUGGUCCUGGGCCCACUGACUGCCCUCUGCCCUUCUUGUCACUGCAGCGCGUGGGUCAUUUUGACCCCGUGACCCGGAGCCCCCUGACCCAGGAACAGCUCAUCCCCAACCUGGCCAUGAAGGAGGUUAUUGACGCAUUCAUCUCUGAGAAUGGUUGGGUGGAGGACUACUGAGAUUCCUUGCCCUGCCCAGCAUCCUGGUCCAGGAGAGCCCUGGGCGGAAGCCCUCCACCCCUGUACAUAGUUUGUGUUGCUGGCCACCCCGGCCCCUUCCAAGUUCUGCUGUUGGGCUCUGGACUAUUCCCCCUCUCAGCAUAGCUCUUGCUGGGCCGUGAUUGACCCCCUUUGUGGGCUGGAAAAGCAGGUGAGGGUGGGCUGGGCUGAAGCCACUGCCGCCACUGUCUGUGUAAUAAAAUCCGUGAGCACGA